CCUUCUCCUCCUCCCCCUCCCCCUUACUCCCUCCCCUCUAUCUUUCUGUCUAUCUCUCUCCCUCUCUCCCUGCCGGCUGGGUGCUGAAGUUGGGCGGAUGGCAGCCAACCUGCUCCGCUAGAGGACCAAGCAGCCCAGUCUUUCCCCCCGGACCUUUCGGUGCUGUGCCCACACCUCCAGGCGGCUACUUGAGUACCAAAGGAGCUGAAAUGAGAAAAAGGCAGCAGUCCCAAAAUGAAGGAACAUCUGCUAUGUCUCAAGCACCUGGAAACCAGAGGCCCAACAACACAUGUUGCUUUUGUUGGUGCUGUUGUUGCAGCUGUUCCUGGUCUUCUGACUUCAAACCACCCAACCACCACCACCACCACCCUUCUAUUUUAGCUUCAAAAGUGUUAAUCACCUUCAGGAAUGAAGAUAGAGGUGACAAUGCGGGAAGGCCAACACAUACAACAAAAAUGGAGAGUAUCCAGGCAGUAGAAGAAUGCCAAAACCCCACCCCAGAUGAAAUUAUGUCCUGGUCUCAAAAUUUUGAUAAGAUGAUGAAGACACCAGCCGGGAGAAAUCUCUUCAGGGAAUUUCUUCGAACAGAAUACAGUGAAGAAAAUCUACUUUUCUGGCUUGCAUGUGAAGACCUAAAAAAGGAGCAGAAUAAGAAAGUUGUUGAAGAAAAAGCCAGGCUUAUAUAUGAAGAUUAUAUUUCUAUACUGUCACCCAAGGAGGUCAGUCUUGAUUCUCGAGUGAGAGAGGUGAUCAAUAGAAAUCUCUUGGAUCCUAAUCCUCACAUGUAUGAAGACGCCCAACUUCAGAUAUAUACUUUAAUGCACAGAGACUCUUUUCCAAGGUUUUUGAACUCUCAGAUUUAUAAAUCUCUUAUUGAAAGUACUGCUGGCUCCUCUACUUCUGAAUCUUAGUUAUCAUGGGCAGGGAAGAGGGUUAUGAGGGUGGGAGGGUAUCAUUUUGGAGGGCUGGGGUGGGAAAUUCAAGUAGUUACAUAACAUCAGAAGCUGAGUUCCUGGAGAACUACAGUUUAGCACUACUCAGGCUACUGUGAAAAAAAUACAACAUAUUCUGGUCUUUGUCUCCAUUUUUACCAAGAACAUUCAUGAUUAAGUUUUUUUGGGGAAAAACCAAAAUGGAGUUGCCAAAUGACAUGUAUUUUACACAUCAUUCACUUUAACCGCAAGCAAGAUGUAUUUGUAGUCCUAUGAACAGUCUCCUUGUGUAUCCUCACAUUGCAUGUGCAAGGUAAAGCUGCUUCAUUUGCCACUUAGUUGUUGUAAUAUUUAAUCCAAUAACAUAACUUAUCUCUGUAUUUAAGGACAUUUUGUGCAAUAUGGUCUCACAUAGAAAUAAUUGCAGCAAAUCAGCUAGGGAUUUGCAUUUUUUUUUUUAGUAUAAACUACUACAAAAAAAGCCAAUUUUUAAAGUGUAACAAUGGAAUUCAAUAUGCUAUACUGCAUUCAAUACAAUGAUUUUGAAGCCAAUAUUUCUGUAAAAAAAAAAAAAAAAAGAGCUAUUUAUCGGUUUAUUUAAAAAAAAUAAAAACAAAAACAAAACAAAACAACAAAAAAAAAAACAACCCAUCAUGAGGACUUCCUCUAAUUGUUCACUGCCAAAACUGUGGCAUUCUCGUUACAGAAAAGGUUGCAAUGUCAAAAAAAAAAAAAAAAAAAAAAAAAAA